CCAUUCAUCCAUCUGAAGCAGACGCCUUUGCUUUCCUCCUGCUCUAGGGUUUUGCGUCUCGCGCCGGAGAUCUCACCAAUGGCGCCUCCCGCCGCCGCCGCCGCCGUGACGCUCGGUGGCAAGGGCGCCGCGCUCACCCCCGCCGCCGUCUACGCCCUCUCCCACGGCCUCGCCGACCCCGCCAUCGACCCAUCCGCGCUCCAGAGGCUCUCCACGCGCGGCCCCUCGCCGCAGGACACCCCCGCGUCGCUCCGCGGCCUCGCCUUGUCGCCGCCGGAGUCACGCGCCGCCGCGGCGGUGCUGCUCAACAAGCUCCUGGUCACCGCGGGGGACUCCUCUGCCCUCGUGACCGCCGCGACGGCCACCGGCCUCGCUGGGUCGCUCGACCUCGCCGCCGCGCUGCCCCCGGCCUCCCGCGACGAGGCCGCAGUCGCUGCCGCCUCCGCGCCCGUGGCCGUCGCGCUCGCCGCCGCGAUCGACUGCUGCGCGUCCCCGCUCGUCCGCGUCGCCGACGCCGUCGCCGCGCUCUCCUGCGAGGCCGCGCGCGGGGACGUCGCGGCCUUUGAUGUGCCGACCUCUGGUGAUGGUCUCUCCGCCAAGGACGAGGCUGAUGUCGCCGCCGAUGUCAAGAUGCUCCUCUUCGGGUCCAAGCUCGUCGGCGCAGCCGGUGGCGCCGAUGCCGCGUCUUUCACUAAGGUGCCCACCGUGAAUGGAAUCUUCCGCGAGGCAGUGCGCGCGCUGCACGCGAGGGUGCGUAUCGAGCUCAACGCUCCAGUGAAGUUGGGAAAGAGGGACGCUGUCCAAACCGGUGAGGGAAAGGAGGAGGCAUUGGUUGCUCUGGCAACGCAACUCGCGAGGCCGGUACAGGCAAUGCUCAAGCUUAGCGUUGCGCGGGCAAGGCUUUGUGUUGCGAGAAUUGAUGAUGCUGAGCUCCGGAAGAAGCUUACUGAUGGUGUUGAAAUCGAUGAUUUGAAGGGGAUGCUUGGCAAGGUCACGAUUGAUUCGGAUGCUGUAUCUGUUUUGCGGGGUGUGUACAACUCCCUGCUCAAGUUCAGGGAUAUCCUUGCAUGGGAAGCAGCUGUUGCCAUGGCGGUGAUCGAAAUGGAUAGUUCAAUUGAGAAGCCACAAGCUUGUGAGGAGAAUGAGGCGGGCAGUUCAACUGAAAAUCCGCAUGCUAGUGGAGAGAAACCAAAAGGUGACAAGAAGAGCAAGAAGAAGAAAACUUUGGGGAAGGGUACUUCUGCUGUACUGAUGUUGCUUAGGGACCUUGUGACCAACGGAAAGGAGGUUCUUUCGGUGAAUUCUGCACUACUUGCAGAGUGGGGAACCGAGCUCUCACUGUUGUUUGAUCCAAAGUGUCCCAGAUUGGUGUCCCUUGUGGACAAGGUGAAGGAGAUUGUUGAGACCAAUGAAGUGAGGAGAUUGCCUAAAAUUCCCAAGGGAACACGUGACUUUGGGAAAGAGCAAAUGGCCAUAAGGGAGCAUGCCUUCUCAAUAAUAACAGGUGUAUUCAAGAUGCACGGUGCCGUUUCACUUGAUACACCUGUAUUUGAGCUGAGAGAAACACUUAUGGGCAAAUAUGGUGAAGACUCAAAGUUGAUUUAUGACCUUGCUGAUCAGGGUGGAGAGCUUUGCUCUUUGCGGUAUGAUCUGACUGUUCCAUUUGCCCGAUAUGUUGCUAUGAAUAACAUAAGUUCAUUGAAGAGAUACCAGAUAGCUAAAGUAUACAGGAGAGAUAACCCGUCCAAGGGAAGAUAUCGAGAAUUCUACCAAUGCGACUUUGACAUAGCUGGAGUAUAUGAAACAAUGGAACCAGAUUUUGAAGUUAUCAAAGUUUUAACUGAGUUGUUGGAUCAGUUGGAUAUAGGCACGUAUGAGAUAAAACUAAACCACAGAAAGUUGCUUGAUGGAAUGUUAGAGAUCUGUGGUGUGCCUCCUGAAAAGUUCAGAACGGUUUGCUCAAGCAUUGACAAGCUAGACAAGCAAACAUUUGAACAAGUGAAAAAGGAACUGGUGGACGAGAAGGGCAUAUCUAAUGAAACUGCGGAUAAGAUUGGUGAUUUAGUGAAAACUAGGGGACCACCGCUGGAAGUUUUGCUGGAAUUGAGAAAGGAAGGUAGCAAGUUUAUGGGGAACGCUGGGUCUGUUACUGCACUAAAUGAGCUGGAGAUACUAUUCAAAGCUCUAGAUAAAGCAAAUGCAAUAGGCAAGAUUGUUUUUGAUUUAAGCCUUGCUAGAGGCCUUGAUUACUACACUGGUGUGAUAUAUGAAGCUGUGUUCAAGGGCACCACUCAGGUUGGCUCCAUUGCUGCUGGAGGCAGGUAUGACAACCUUGUUGGUAUGUUUAGUGGGAAGCAAGUCCCUGCCGUUGGUGUUAGCCUUGGAAUAGAAAGAGUUUUCGCAAUCAUGGAGCAACAGGAGAUGGAAAAGAAUCAGAUCCGGGCCACCGAGACGGAGGUAUUGGUGUCGAUUAUCGGCAAGGACCUCAUAUUGGCCGCUGAGCUUGUUAGUGAACUGUGGAAUGCUGGGAUAAAGGCAGAGUUCAAACUCACUACUAGGAUACAGAACCACUUGAAGUACGCGACGCAAUCUGGCAUUCCGUGGAUGGUGCUGGUUGGUGAGUCUGAAAUAAGCAGUGGAAAGGUGAAGCUGAAGAACUUGGCAGCCAGCCAGGAAGAGGAGGUUGACAGGACAGAGUUUGCUCAGGUGUUGAAACAGAAAUUGAGAAACCCAUAGAGAAGAUUUUUAGAAUAUAAUUUUGUAGUUCAUGUUUCAACUUGUGAUGCAUCAUACUUGCCUGUGUGAGUUCCUGGAAAAUUCCGUUCGGCGUUUUGAUUUAUACUGGCUGUUUGAAUUGGUUUACAUGUUAAAGCGCUUGGUGUAAUUGAAUCAAAUUACCAAAUUCAAAACAUUACUCUACUGAUUGGUGACCAA